AUGUCUAAUGCAGGGCAAGCAGCUGGUGCUCUGUUUAGAAGAUUGCAAGGCAAGGUAGCAAUAAUCACAGGCGGAGCAUCAGGCAUUGGUGAAGCCACCGUUCGCCUAUUCACAAAUCAUGGAGCCAAAGUCAUCGUAGCCGACAUUUCUGAUGUACCAGGUUCGAAACUCGCCGAGUCCCUUUCUUCAUCGGUUACAUUCAUCCACUGUGACGUAAGCAAAGAGCAAGACGUGAGCGCAGCAGUGGAUUUAGCCAUGGAAAAGCAUGGAAAACUGGACAUAAUGUUCAAUAAUGCGGGUGCUGGAGAUAGGCAUCAAAAUAGUAUUGCAGAGUACGAGAUGGAGCAAUUUGAAGCCCCCAUGAAUGUAAAUGUAAAAGGAGUAAUGCACGGCAUUAAGCAUGCAGCCCGCGUUAUGAUACCCAACAGAAAAGGGUGCAUAAUUUCUACAGGCAGUAUUGCAGGGAUUAUGGGAGGAACUGCACCUCAUGCAUACACGGCAUCAAAACAUGCAAUUAUAGGCUUGACUAAAAAUGGUGCUGCUGAGCUUGGGAAAUAUGGUAUCAGAGUAAAUUGUGUUUCUCCUUCUCUUGUUGCAACCAGGGGUGUAAUUGACUUUGUAGGAAAAGGCCAGGAUGAAGUGGAGGCGUGGGGUUGCAGGGUAGCCAACUUGAAGGGAACGAUUCUUAAAGCGGAGGAUAUAGCAGAGGCUGCUCUGUAUUUGGCUAGUGACGAGUCUAAAUACGUGAGUGGCCAUAAUCUUGUUGUUGAUGGAGGUUUCACAGUUGUAAACCAUGACUGGGGACUAUAUGGGCCAUAA